CAUGGGUAGAUGGUCAGGAGAUCCAAGAGCACAAGGUAGAGGAGGCAGGGGAUGGAAUUUUCCGCCCUUCUGACUUCGGCGGGCAUAAACAUCGCCUUGUGCAUUCUCUAUCUGUCCCUCUACUCCAUCCUCCGCAAGCAGCCGCACAACUUCCGCGUCUACUUCGGCCGGCGGCUCGCCGAGGAGAAGUUCCGGCAGCAGGUGGACUACUUCUCCUUCGAGAGGCUCCUCCCCACCGCCGGCUGGCUCGUCAAGGCGUACUGGUGCACCGAGGACGAGAUCCGACGCGUCGCCGGCCUCGACUCCGUCGUCUUCCUGCGCCUCUUCAUCUUCAGCAUACGCAUCUUCUCCAUAACUACCCUUAUCUGUGUCUUUGGAGUGCUCCCUGUGAAUUACAAUGGCCAAGAAAUGGCCCACACGCGGGUCCCAGCGGAGUCGCUCAAUGUAUUCACCAUUGCAAAUCUCAAGGAAGGAUCAAGCAAGCUUUGGGUGCAUUGUACUGCUUUAUAUGUUAUAACAAUCUCAGCCUGUAUUCUUCUUUUCCAAGAGUACAGGUAUAUCUCAAGAAAGAGAUUAGCACACAUCACUGGAUCAACGCCCAAUCCGGGUCAUUUUGCUGUGCUUGUUCGCUCGAUUCCAAAGUCACACAACGAGCUUCUUGAUGACACCAUCAGGAAUUUCUUUCUUAACUAUCAUGGAUCUAGUUACCUGUCACAUCAGAUGAUCUAUCGAAAAGGAAAGUUGCAGAAUUUUGUGGAUAGUGCCGAGAGGGCUUACAGGAAAUUUGUAAGAGUAAAACUUUCGGCAUUUGACCAGAACAUGCGGUCUAGCUUGAAUAGAUGUGGUCUCUGCGGAGUACAAGCUUCCUCGUUUGAGCUUUACCGCAACAAGUUCGUCGAGGCCAAGAAGUCAGACCUCACUGAUCCAGAAGUAGUCGAGGCUCAAAAGGACUGCCCAGGUGCUAUAGUGUUCUUCAAGACUCGCUACGCGGCAAUUGUGGCCUCCCAAGUUCUUCAGUCUUCGAACCCUAUGCUAUGGGUGACAAAUCUGGCGCCGGAGCCGCGCGACGUCUACUGGUCGAACCUCUGGAUACCCUACAGGCAGAUCUGGCUCCGGAAAAUCGCGACCCUCGCGGCUAGUGUCUUCUUCAUGUUUGUCUUCAUCGUACCCGUCGCGUUUGUUCAAAGCAUGAUGCAGCUGGAACAGCUCAAGCAAAUGUUCCCAAACCUGAGAGGCGCACUCAAGACGUCAUUCUGCGUGAGAGUCGUAACGGGGUACCUCCCCAGCGUGGUCCUGCUGCUGUCCCUGUACACCGUUCCUCCCCUGAUGAUGCGCUUCUCGGCGAUCGAGGGGUCGAUUUCUCGCAGCGGCAGGAAGACGAGCGCGUGCACCAAGAUUCUCAUCUUCAACAUCUGGAAUGUCUUCUUUGUGAACGUGCUAUCAGGGUCCGUGCUCAACCAGCUGAAUGUGCUCACUAGACCCAAGGACAUGCCGUCUAUGCUAGCCGAGCUCGUGCCAAAGCAGGCAACGUUCUUCAUGACCUACGUCCUCACAUCAGGCUGGUUCAGUCUAUGCUCGGAGAUACUGCAGGUGUACAACCUGGUGUACAAUUUCUUCAGGAAAUUCAUAUGUUGCUACCAGGACGAGCCAGAAUACGUCUACUCUUUCCCCUACCACACCGAAGUCCCCAAGGUCCUCAUGUUCAACGUGCUCGGCUUCACGUUCUCGAUCAUGGCGCCUCUCAUACUGCCCUUCUUGCUCGUCUACUUUUGCCUCGGCUACUUGGUGUACCGCAACCAGAUUCUGAACGUGUACUACCCCAAGUACGAGAUGGGAGGGAAGCUGUGGCCGAUCAUGCACAACACCAUGGUGUUCUCCCUGGUGCUCACGCAGAUCAUCGCGCUGGGCGUGUUCACCAUCAAGAAGGCGCCGAUCUCCACGGGGUUCACCAUCCUGCUCCUCAUCGGCACCAUCCUCUUCAACGAGUACUGCAGGCAGCGCUUCUCCCGCAUCUUCAACUCCUUCUCCGCCCAGGACUUCAUCGAGCUGGACAGAGAAGACGAGCAGUCCGGGAGGAUGCGGGAGAUCCACGAGCACCUGCUGGACGCCUACUGCCAGUCGCCCCCGGGCAGCGCCGACGAGAUCCCGAUGGAGAUGAUCAUGGAGGACCCGGCGCAGGAGGCGUCCAACUCGAGCCAGGAGCUCUGCGACACGGUGCAGGAGGUGGCCGGCUCCAUCAUCCAGGAGCACAUCGAGGAGCGGCACGGGAGCUCCAGCGGACGCCGCUGAUGUGCUGCGUUUUGGCUCUCUUUUAUUUGUGCCUUGGCUAGCUACCGGCCGAUCUGUGGCUUACGUACGGUCGAUGAAUCUCGACCUAAUUAUACGUGUAUGUAGGGUGGGUUAGCCCAAGUAGACGACCACGAUGAUGAUUAAGAUGGAGCUAACUAACUGGCUUGUUGGAUCCUAUGUAUGUUGUAGGUACAGGUUUGUUUCGGUUCCCGAGGGUGUCAACUGUGCAGAUUAAUUAGGAACUAAUGGCUUACGAUUUCACCUUCUUAUGAUAACACAAAUGAUGGUAACCUGACACAUUUGUAACGAGCUCGUCGAUUAAAUAUUUCCACUUCCAGUAAUCGCAAAUAUAGGGAUGAAACCACUUCAAGUAAUCACAAAUAUACGGAUGAAACCUGUGCGGAUUUGGAUACGGUUUUGUCGGAUUCGGACAUGAGUAACAGCCUCAAGUCAGAACCACAUAUUGCACAUGCAUACACGGCGAACAUAUUAUAAAUAAAAAACUGCAGCACAACUUAACCGAUGUGCGCAAUUACAUCUUCCAAGACAGCCUUUAUGUACAGAAUACAACCAGUGUAUAAGUUAACAUAUUUAAACUGAAACUAUACACAAGAUGAGCAAGUAGUAAUACUUAUGCACAUUCAACACACAAAAACAGUGGAACAUAGGAAGCA